GGGCCUUGGCCGCUGCCGCCACUGCCGUCGGGGAAGGUCCCAGCGCGGACAUGGCCUCGCGCGGCGCCCGCCCGGGCUCAAGCCCCCAGCGACCAGUGCAGUAGUUCAGCGAAGAGGCGGCCUGGAGGGCACAGACGGCCGGGCGGGCGGCAUGGAGGAGGCGCACCUGCUCCCGGCCGCCGACGUGCUGCGCCACUUCUCGGUGACAGCCGAGGGCGGCUUGAGUCCGGCGCAGGUGACCGGCGCGCGGGAGCGCUACGGCCCCAAUGAGCUCCCCACCGAGGAAGGGAAGUCCCUUUGGGAACUGGUGCUGGAGCAGUUCGAGGACCUUCUGGUGCGCAUCCUGCUGCUGGCAGCCCUGGUCUCCUUUGUCCUGGCCUGGUUCGAGGAGGGCGAAGAGACCACAACAGCCUUCGUGGAGCCCCUGGUCAUCAUGCUGAUCCUUGUGGCCAACGCGAUUGUGGGCGUGUGGCAGGAACGCAAUGCUGAGAGUGCCAUCGAGGCCUUAAAGGAGUAUGAGCCUGAGAUGGGCAAGGUGAUCCGCUCAGACCGCAGAGGUGUGCAGAGGAUCCGCGCCCGGGACAUAGUCCCAGGAGACAUUGUGGAAGUAGCAGUGGGAGACAAAGUGCCUGCUGACCUCCGCCUCAUCGAGAUCAAGUCCACCACGCUGCGAGUGGACCAGUCCAUCCUAACGGGUGAAUCCGUGUCCGUGACCAAGCACACAGACGCCAUCCCAGACCCUAGAGCUGUGAACCAGGACAAGAAGAACAUGCUGUUUUCUGGCACCAAUAUAGCAUCAGGCAAGGCAGUGGGUGUGGUGGUGGCCACAGGUCUGCACACGGAGCUGGGCAAGAUCCGGAGCCAGAUGGCAGCAGUGGAACCUGAGCGGACACCACUGCAGCGCAAGCUGGAUGAGUUUGGGCGGCAGCUGUCCCACGCCAUCUCUGUCAUCUGUGUGGCUGUAUGGGUCAUCAACAUUGGCCACUUUGCUGACCCAGCCCAUGGUGGCUCCUGGCUCCGUGGUGCUGUCUACUACUUUAAGAUUGCCGUGGCCCUGGCUGUGGCUGCAAUCCCCGAGGGCCUCCCAGCAGUCAUCACUACGUGCCUGGCACUGGGCACACGGCGCAUGGCACGCAAGAAUGCCAUAGUGCGGAGCCUGCCCUCUGUGGAGACCCUGGGCUGCACCUCAGUCAUCUGCUCUGACAAGACGGGCACUCUCACUACCAAUCAGAUGUCAGUGUGCCGGAUGUUCGUUGUAGCCGAAGCGAAAGCGGGCUCCUGCAGUUUGCACGAAUUCACCAUCUCGGGUACCACGUAUACCCCGGAGGGAGAAGUGCGGCAGGGGGAGCAACUUGUUUGCUGCAGCCAGUUCGAUGGGUUGGUGGAGCUGGCGACCAUCUGUGCACUGUGCAACGACUCAGCGCUGGACUACAACGAGGCCAAGGGCGUGUAUGAGAAGGUGGGAGAGGCCACGGAGACAGCUCUGACUUGCCUGGUGGAGAAGAUGAAUGUGUUUGACACUGACCUGAAGGCCUUGUCCCAGGUGGAGCGAGCUGGGGCCUGCAAUGCGGUCAUCAAGCAGCUCAUGAGGAAGGAGGUCACCCUCGAGUUCUCCCGGGACCGGAAGUCCAUGUCAGUGUACUGCACACCUACCCACCCUGACUCCAAGGCCCAGGGCAGCAAGAUGUUUGUGAAGGGGGCUCCUGAGAGUGUAAUUGAGCGCUGCAGCUCAGUCCGUGUGGGGAGCCGCACAGCACCCCUGAAUACCACCUCCAGGGAGCAGAUCCUGGCAAAGAUCCGAGAUUGGGGCUCAGGCUCAGAGACGCUGCGCUGCCUGGCACUGGCCACCCGGGAUGCACCCCCCAGGAAGGAGGACAUGCAGCUGGACGACUGCAGCAAGUUUGCUCAGUAUGAGACAGACCUGACCUUCGUGGGAUGUGUGGGCAUGCUGGACCCCCCACGGCCCGAGGUUGCUGCCUGCAUCACACGUUGCCACCGAGCCGGCAUCCGCGUGGUCAUGAUCACAGGGGACAACAAAGGCACGGCUGUGGCCAUCUGUCGCCGACUUGGCAUCUUUGGGGACACAGAGGAUGUGGAGGGCAAAGCCUACACAGGCCGCGAAUUUGAUGACCUCAGCCCAGAGCAGCAGCGCCUUGCCUGCUGCACCGCCCGCUGCUUUGCCCGCGUGGAGCCGGCGCAUAAGUCCCGCAUCGUGGAAAACCUGCAGUCCUUUAACGAGGUCACUGCCAUGACUGGUGAUGGGGUGAAUGACGCACCUGCCCUGAAGAAAGCAGAGAUCGGCAUUGCCAUGGGCUCGGGCACAGCUGUGGCCAAGUCAGCUGCAGAGAUGGUGCUGUCAGAUGACAACUUUGCCUCCAUUGUGGCUGCUGUGGAGGAGGGCCGGGCCAUCUACAGCAACAUGAAGCAAUUCAUUCGCUACCUCAUUUCCUCAAAUGUCGGCGAGGUUGUCUGCAUCUUCCUCACAGCAAUUCUGGGCCUGCCUGAAGCCCUGAUCCCCGUGCAGCUGCUCUGGGUGAACCUGGUGACAGAUGGCCUACCUGCCACAGCCCUGGGUUUCAACCCACCAGACUUGGACAUCAUGGAGAAGCUGCCCCGGAAUCCUCGUGAGGCCCUCAUUAGUGGCUGGCUCUUUUUCCGAUAUCUGGCUAUUGGAGUGUACGUAGGCCUGGCCACAGUGGCUGCCGCCACCUGGUGGUUCCUGUAUGAUGCCGAGGGACCUCACAUCACCUUCUACCAGCUGAGGAACUUCCUGAAGUGCUCUGAGGACAACCCGCUCUUCGAGGGCAUCGACUGCGAGGUCUUUGAGUCCCGCUUCCCCACUACCAUGGCCUUGUCGGUGCUUGUGACCAUCGAGAUGUGCAAUGCCCUCAACAGCGUCUCGGAGAACCAGUCGCUGCUGCGGAUGCCGCCCUGGCUGAAUCCCUGGCUGCUGGCGGCCGUGGCCAUGUCCAUGGCCCUGCACUUCCUCAUCCUGCUGGUGCCACCCCUGCCCCUCAUUUUCCAGGUGACCCCACUGAGCGGGCACCAGUGGGUGGUGGUGCUCCAGAUAUCUCUGCCUGUCAUCCUGCUUGAUGAGGCCCUCAAGUAUCUGUCCCGGCAUCACAUGGAUGGCAUUCUCAGGACAGUCUCACAGGCCUGGAGUGGGCAGCCGCUGACCAGCUCCCGGACCCCAGACCACACCGGGUUGGCUUCUUUGGUGUCACCUUGUGGAAAUAAAGGACCAGAAGUGAGUGCAGGGAUCAGAGCAGAGUCUCCAGUGUGUACCUCAGACUGAUGGUGCCCAAGCAUUUGUCCCACUCCCACCCCUGCCACCAUGCUCACCCACCUGCCCACUGGGCCCUGCUGGACACGCAACAGUCCUGAGGCCAGAACAGUCACACCCAGGUCCAGUCCUGGGGUCCCUGUCCCCACUGCCAUCUGACCUGGGGGGCUGUGUAGUUCAUGUCUUUUGAACUCUCUUGGGAAGAUCCCUUGCUGAAACUCUGGCCCAGGAGCUGAGCCUGGGAGGCGGGCUGCGGGAAGCCAGAGCUGGCAGUAGAUCUGGAGCUGCAGAGCCCCUGGACCUGCAUAUCUACCAGCACAUACUGGAGCCUGCACCCCUUGCAUGGAGGCUGGGCCUCUACUUGGUGACCCGUGCCUCUGCACUGACGGAAAACACCGGCUCUGACCUCUCAGUCAGUGCCUGGUCUGGAACCUGAUCAGCUCCACGGAGGGGUAUCAGAGGGGGCCAUCUGGGCCCAGCUGUGUACAGCGAGGCGGGAGGCCUCCACCAAGUUGGCUCCUGAGAGCUGGAGUGUUUCUGUUUAUAUGUGCAGGCCCCAGGGGGUUGAAACGUCAGAGAGAAAGGAACACAAAGGGCAGGGAGGAGGGGCGAGGCAGAACCCUCUUUGCCUGGGGGAGACACUGGGCUGCUUGCCUCAGCUCAGCUCCCUUUCCAAACUCAGGUUUCCCUGUCCUCAGCAAAUGACUGGGUGGUGCCUGGUCCACCAAGCAGAGGUCAGAUUUGCUAUCCAUAUCCCUAGUGCCUGAGACCCCCAGAUGUCCUUAGGUCCCUGACCACUAUACUGUCCCAUCCUGUCUGGUGUGCAGCCAUCUCUGCACAGCUGGCUGAUUCUGAGUCUCCUGGACCCUUGGCCUCACUUUUUGCCCAUUCCCUCCAUUCACACGCAUCCAUGAGCCAAAAAGAUGUCACUAAGGAUGGCUGUCAUCCAAGGGCACUUACCCCCUCUUCCCUCUUCUCAUUGGAAGAAUGCAUCUCUCUGUGGGUCUCCUGUCAGAUGGUAGGAAGACAGCAGUUUGAUUGACAGGAAUUUCCUCUUACUCAGCUUUUGUUCCUUUGGCAAAAACUAGCUAGGCAUAGCAGAAAAUAGCAAGUAAAGAACUGUCUAUAUGUCUUCUCCCCUUCUUGAGAAUGUACCAAGUGAUGAUUUUACAUGUAAAUCAAGACUCACAUCCCUGUCCUGGUCCCCAGAAUUUCCCCCUCCACCUGCCUCAUAGUUUAAUGGUCUCCUCAUUCUGCAGCCCCUUCCCUCAAGCUUCCUCCCACCCUCUUGCAGUUUCUGGAAGGGCCCUGAGAGAAACGAGUUGGGGGUGCUCUGGCAGGGGCAGGGCCCUGUACCUACCUGCUGACAUGCUGCCUGGUAGAGAAAUAAAAGUGGUGUGCCUGGGGCAGUGGAGGGUAGCCAGUGUCUGUUUUCUGGAGUGUGGGCCCUGGGGUCCACCGCUCCAUCCCUCAGCAAAGCAAAGGUCUGAAGCUCCUGCAUCAGCCAGAAGUUGUCUCUUCCAAGACAAGGCUUUGGAGAGGCACUGAAUUCCAAAACCACAUCUCAUGACAGAUGGAGGUUGUGGCGAAUCCUCAAACUUGCUUCUCCUGUGGACAGCACUUGACAGUUUGAACACAUUCAAAGGCCUUUUAAGAAUGUUAUGAUCUACAUGUCACUCCCAGCAUGUCACCAAAGCCCUGAGGCAGGGUUAAGUCUGGAACCUGAAUAUUGAGAGCCUCUUGCACAUCAUAGAGGCUCCCUCAUCCCUGGCAGUUUUGUAGGUCUGACACUCCCUGAAAAGUCCCAUGACUCUCUUGCUCUGUUUCCCUCCCUUCAAGCCUUAGGAUCCCAUUCAUCCAUGGUGCUAAGCCCUGUUCAAAUGUGUCUCCCAUCUCCCCAAGGCUUCCCUCAGAUCACAGGACCCUGAGGCCUCUGUGGCUGCUUGAGAUGACCUAACCUGCCCAGGUGGCCCUGGCUUUCUGGGAGCAGGGCUCUUGAAAGGGACUAGCCAUGUCCGUUGUUUCUUUGAGCUGGAGGGAAGACAUAUCACUAAGGUUUGGUAUCUAAUCCUCAGCUCACCUGAGAAGGACACUCAGGCCCUGCCAAUGAGACCAGAGGCAGGACCCACUAUACAAUUUGCAGGGCCCGUCACAAAAUGCAAACAUGGAUCCCCUUAUUCAAAAAUGAAGAAUUACAGUGACAUCAGAAUAUUACGCCAAGUGCCAAACCUUUCUGUUUCUGAGCAUAGGCCUAAUGCAGUUGUAGAGGCUGCAUGUCCAUGACUGGAAAAGACAGACAUGCCUUUAGUGGCUUCUAGGUUUUUUUCCAGGGAGUGAGGAUGGGUGAAAGAAGUCUUUCCACAAGGGCCAUCUAUAGGACCUCUUAGACACAAAACCCUUUUCAUACUCCUCAUCUCCCAGGGUCUUCAGCAGGCCUGUGAAUUGAGCCAAGAGGUGUUACGACUCCAUUUGAACUCUGAGGAAACCAAGGCCCAGAAAGGUGAUGUCUUGCCCAAGGCCUUUUGAGGACCUGACCAUUGUGGCAGACAGGCAGGGUGUGGGGCUAAGUCAGGCUGAGGGGAUUUUUGUUGUGCCAGCUACAACCUUCCCAGAAGCCUCUGGGGCUCCAUAGCUAAGCCUACAUUGCCUCCACCCCCACCCAGGCCUGCUCAAGUCCAGCUCUAUCCAGCCCACAGCAUGGAGUCCGCAGGCCAAGAUGGGGCGGCCAAGGUAAACAGAGAGGUUUCCUUACCUCGCAGCUGCUCACCCAGGAGGGAAUUCCAGGGCAAGCCCUGGCACACUCCUCUCUGGCAGCUGCUAAAAUGCCCCUGGGUUCCUCUGCCCCUCCAGAGACCAGAACUUCAUGCUCCCCAGGCCCCCCAUCCUCCACCCCUCACAGUGGAGGGAGAGACCAUGUUGGAGCUGUGUUAGGAGAAAUGGGGGAGAAACCCAGAGACAGGGAAGAGAAAGGAAGACGUGUCCCUAAAGACCUGGCUUGGGUGUCUGUCACAUCUUUUCUCAUUAUAGGGCCCAAAAGUUCACCUGUGAUAUGUCCACACAACAGAGUACUCCUCAACAGCAAAAGGAAACAAAUUACCGAUAGAUUAACAGCAGGAAGGAAACUUAAAAUCACUGUUGAGUAAAUAUAAGCCAAAAAAAAAAAAAAAA